AUGAAGACUCUGUUCGAAUCCUGUCCCCGCCUGACUGAUGAAAUUCUAUAUCCACCUUUCUAUUCCUGCCAUAAGUGUUCGACCCCUUCUAGUCUAAACCCUACCUCUGAGGGAGCGGAAUCUGCUGAUGAGUUCGUCGGGGAUGAUAGGCUUAUCGUGGAUGAUCUAGUAUCCAAGUUCCCGUCCUUGGGUAUUAUCUACCUCGGGGAGAAAGAGGCAAGCAAUAGGAAUAGUUGUCCCAGCCUUAGUUCUGAUGAAAUGAUUCUAUUUAUCCGGCUGUAG